CAAGAAUCACGUAAACAGCGGCCAGGAACGCAUUUUCACAUACCUUCAGGAUCCGGUUGUUGCCACAUGUAUUUAUUUGAACAAGCUAUUGCGUAAGAGCAUGUGCGAGUUUACGUCCCAAUCGCGUACGACGUCGUAUCCGUGACGUAAUGGCGCAUGCCGGGCCCUCUAAAUUAAACAAUCGGUUUUUUGCACCCUUUAUCACGGGAGCGCCGACCGGCCACAUAAAAGCCGUGGAAAUCCGUUCAGGACACACAUUACACGUAACGCGGCGAACUGAACGUAUCCGCUCGCGAGAUCGUCCUGAACUCGACUCGAACACGACGUCCGUUAAUCACAUAAAUUAAAUACAAUAAACAGAAUACGCACGUGUAUUACACCUGUUCCAAAUUUAAAAUUGUGAAGUGACAGUGAACUUUUUUUUCAUAAGUGACAGUUGUUGUGACAGUUUAUGCCAAAGAUUUUAUUUUUAUUAUGAUCUGUGAUAAAUCGAUUAAUAUAAAAAUGAUCGAUAUGUGCACUUGUUGCUGCAACGGAUGUUCCUCAAGGAGACAAGGAUAUACUUUAAGAUAUAGUUUUCCCAAAAAGCUUUUGGUAGCUACAACAGUACUAGUAGUAAUAGCAAUGAUUGUGAUGCCAUCCGAAGCGCGGACGUUGGAACACAAAAUUAGGCAUGAGAGGCGGCAGCAUGAGGCGUUAGCACCAACCAAAGACUUGAGGAUGAAGCCAGACAGCCGCGUGAUGGAGCACAGGAGACGGCCGCAUAGGAAGCAAACCGUCCUGCCUCAAACCAAAGACACAGAGUUAAUGCGACUACAGAAAAACGUCCAAUCAGAUCGCUUCAAAACUGCAACGAAAAAGAUAACAAAAAAAUUAAAGAACACGAGGAGGUUCUUCAACGAGGAGCGAAGAGUCCUCAACGAGACGCGGGAGUACAGGGACGGCAUGCCCGACUGGCUGCCCACCAUCAACUUCGUUGGUAUUCACUUCUACAACUACAAAAAACGUGGCGCGACCAUCUCUGAACGCAAAUUUGCGUACCUGAUGCCAAAACUUUACAAAUCCCUUGUAGAGUACCAAGAAAUCUUCAAACUGCUCAUCAAAGUAGAAGUUGAAUUCGCCGACGAUCCUUUCUGCUCGUACAACAAGACCCGCCACGAACUAAUAGGAAAAACUCUUCAGAGAUUAUACAGUACUAUAGCCGAAGUCAGGGAGAAUAUGGUGUCUGUUGAUAUACCAGUGCCUCAAGUUAGCAAAAACAAGAACUUACAAGUUUUAGAAAUGAAGGUUGAUGCGCCUCAGUGCUUGAAGAACGACUACAUUGCGUUCAGAGCGUACGGCAACCUUCUCAACAACUGGUACUUCGAAUUCAGGUGUCCCCGGGGCAAGAAAGUCAUCACGAAUAACAGCAGAUGCGCCGCCUACGAGGCCAAACUAAAAGAAAAGAAAGAUAAAAGAAAUAAGAACACUGAAAGAUGAACGAAUUAGUUGAUUGUUGUGACUUAAAAUAAUAUUCGCUUCGACUAAUUAUUUAUUUAAAUUACAAUUGAUGUAGUCCCUGUUGUACUUAUUUAUUGGUAGGUCCGCAAGCGCACGCUCUCUAACACGCCAGUCGUUGGUCGUAUUCGAAGUGCUUGACGAAACAUUGUAUUGUUGAUUAAGUAUUGGGUACUUUCUCUGUGAUAUUUAGUAUUCUGUAGAUAUUAAUCAUUAAUUUAUUGAAAGUUUUUAGUUUGUAAGCCUUUCUGUUCAGUUCCUUUGUACUUAACUGUUAUAUUAUUUUCUGUUUCACGUUACGACGAAACUUUAUUAAUAUUAAGUUGAUCUUAAUUUAUUGGAAUUUAACCGUCAGUAUUUAUUUAAUUUAUACUAAUAAUCUCUAUAUUUCUAUGCUGAAAUAGAAUCUGAUUUCUAUGCUGUGUAUUAACUGAAAUUGACUUAAUAUUUCUCUUUUUAUAUCUCGAGUAUUAUUAGCAGGCAAAACAUGCCGUUUUAGCCAAGAAAGACUUUUAGCCUUAUAUAGUAAGUUGCUUAUUUAUGUAAUGAGUAAGUUAUACAUAAGUUUGUAUAGAAAUGUGCCGUUAGAUGUUAGUGAAUUAAUGAACUGAAUACCAUGUGAAUAUUACCUAUGUUUUAUAUACGAAUUGCAUAAUUUUCCAAUGCAAAUUUUUGUUACUAAAUGUCAAAUAUAAG